CGCCGCCCCGCCCCGCCCCGCACCGCCGACGAGACGCCUCCUCAACUCGGCGUCCCGGCUGCCGCCCAACCCUGGGCGGGAACGACUGAGCCCGUCACGGAGGCCCCGCCGCCAGAUGAUACCGCGGCGUAUGAGUGUUGUUUUCUCUCAGCAGAAAAUGCCGGUGCUCCCUGGGGAGCGUUUCUCUGCAAGCGGGAGCAUUUCGAGUCCUCUUUCCUCGGCAAGAAGCAUGCUGACAUUUCAAUAUUCCCUCAGCUCAACAGUUCAGAGUACAGUCACAGCAAGAAAAGGAACAUGCGUAACCAUGAAUAGCCUGAGAUUCAUUGCACUGGAUUUUCCAAGAAUUUAAUUCUAAAUUAAAAGAUCGCUCUGAAAGAAAUAAACCAGACUGCCGUUCUUCAGGCCAAGGACCCUUGUCAUCCAUAAGAGCAGCGAUCAAGAGAUCACUCAUGAAUAGUGCACAUCAAAAAUGCCCUGUCGAAGAGCUUCUCGGACCUCUAGCCAUAGCGAACAGCAGAGGGAUAGAAGGCGUCCUGAAAUUACAAUAGUUGCUGCUGAACCCCUCCGGCCAUCCUCCUGGUUUCCAGGUGCAAACCCUGUCACUCCUCAUGGAUUAGGAUUCCCUUCUGCUUCAUCUCAUGCUCAGUGGAGGAGAAAUGAGCAUAUUCCUGCUGAGCUUCCACCAUCAUAUGAGCAGGUGAUAAAAGAAAUCAAUCAAGUGCAAGUCAAUACAACAAAUAACAAUAAUGCUGCUGCUCCUAGACAUACCACUACUUCUGCAACACAAACUGACUUUCCACAGGAACUAAUCAGCCAUUUGCCAGGAAGUAAUGUAAAAACUAGUGUGCCUACACACUGGGAAUCUGCAGGCUAUCCGGCAGGGCAGAGUCCUCUUAAACCUCCUAGGCCUUCUGCAUCUCUCCUGAAUAGGUGUCUUUCAGAAAAUGAGAAUCCCUUAAUAGUUUUUGAAGUGUCUGAAGGUCAGAGGUGCCAAGAAAAUCCCAAUGCUGUGAUACGUCCUGUGCCAAAGCCAAGAUCAAGAAGCAAUCUCAGACCUGUGGUCAAAAAUACUGAAAGCAAGGUAGACAAUGGAGAAGUGAACCAGUCUACCACAAAAAGGCAGCAACCUCCAGUUCAGCAGUCACCUCUGUUAGAUGAUAGCAUACUAGACAAUCACUUGGCGAUGGACAGCAUGAGUACAGAAAAGAGCCAAAAUAGUAUUGUUUCAAGGAUCAAAGUUUUUGAAUCCCAAGGAACUAAUGAUACCUCAGGAUUAUCAAAAAAGCCAGAAAUUGCCCCUCGUUCAUUCACCCCAAGACCUGUUACUGCAAAGAAGCCAGUAGUUGCUCCAAAGCCAGGGGUAAGCAGAAUUUCAGGAGACUGGGAUGCAUGGACAGAAAGCAAAUCAACACCUUCCAAGCAAUUGCAGCCUCAACCUGAAGUAGUUGGGAGCAGUGUUGUAACCAAACCUGAGCUGCCAAAGAAGCCAAAACCUGGCCUUGUUAAAAGUAGUAGUAGUGAUUUUCUUGAUGUAAGGAGUGGAUCAGUUGCAGAGAACAGUGAUGGACAAAAGAAAUUUCCCGUUCCUGCUCCAAGGCCUCUUGUUCCUAAAAAGUCACAUUACGCAGAAAAUCCUGCCCUUUCUUUGGCCUCACUAAAACCGAUUGCUGCUCCCCCACGGGCUUCUGUAUCUGCCCAAGAAAAAGUUUUCAAGUCUCUGGGGGAAUUGUCACCUGCAGCCAACUCCUCAGCACCUGCUUUGCAAAAUAAACUAGAUGUGGAAAGAGAUCUGAUCAGUUUUGAUGAUGACGUUUUGCCCGUAAGUCCAGCUUGUGUAGUUAAAGAUAGCAUCAGUUCUGAAGCAGCAGCAGAUCCAUUUCAGUUCCUCACCAAAAUUGAACCUGCAAAGGAACAGACAGCUCAACCAGCUUUAGCCCGGAAACCCACUGUGAUCCGAAUCCCAGCUAAACCCGGGAAACCUUUAAAUGAAAUCCCGCAUAGCCCUCCACCACUUCCUGCUGAAAAGCCCAUUGGGAACACCUCCAAUAUCACAGUGGGAAAAGCCAACAGCAGUGACGUAGUAAAAAAAGUGGAGUUGGAUCAUUCAGAACAGGGUGGAGUGCCUCAGCUAGAACCUGUACUACCCCCAAGGCCUGUGGAUGGAAAAUUUAUACCUGCUCGACCUCCCCCACCUAAAGGUGUUCCUGGAAGGCCACCUCCACCAAAACUCUCUGCAGCCAAGACCUCCUCCCAGAAGGAUGCUCUUUCACGAUCUACUUCUGACAUCGCUCCUGAUAAAAGACCCAGCAAGUUCAGACUGGGACCCAAGAGAGCAAAAAGUCAAGUCUUUAAAAAUCCAGAUCCAGCAUUACCUCCUAGACCUAAACCGGGUCAUCCUCUCUACAAUAAAUACAUGCUACCUGUGCCUCAUGGAGUUGCCAAGGAAGAUUGUCUUCCCAGGAACACUGGAGAACUGUCCUGUAAGGAUUCAAACCACCCUCCAAAAGUUUCUGACACAAGUGCACCUCAUGCUGUAGUCCUGCAUGAUUUUCCUGCAGAGCAUGCUGAUGACUUGGACCUUCAUUCUGGAGACACUGUUUGUCUUUUGGAGAAAAUCGAUACCGAGUGGUACAGAGGAAAAUGUGGGAAUCGCACAGGGAUAUUUCCUGCCAGCUUUGUUAAAGUAGUUAUUGAUGUUCCAGAAGAAGGCAACAGGAAAAAAAUACCCUGUUCAUCAAAAUGUAUUAAAGGCCCAAGAUGUGUAGCACGAUUUGAAUACAUCGGAGAUCAGAAAGAUGAGCUCAGUUUUUCGGAAGGUGAAACUAUUAUCCUUAAAGAAUAUGUAAAUGAAGAGUGGGCCAAAGGAGAGCUCAGAGGCACAUGUGGAAUUUUCCCCUUGAACUUCGUGGAAGUAAUUGAAGAUCUGCCUGGAACAGGUACAGGAGCAGCACUGAAGAAUAAGGUGGAGGUUUCUUCUUCCCUUCCUCAGAACAACAGAUGCUCAGUAGAGUGGUGUGAAGCGCUUCAUGAUUUUACAGCAGAAACCAAAGAUGAUUUAUCCUUUAAAAAGGGAGACUACAUCCAAAUACUAGAACAAGUAGAUUCGGCAUGGUAUAGAGGAAGACUGAAUGAAAAGGAAGGGAUUUUCCCAGCAGUUUUUGUUCAGACCUGCUCAGCCAGGGUAGAGCUGUCACAGUCUGUAGGAGGGAAGAAAGGAAAAGCCAAAGCUCUGUAUGAUUUUCAUGGAGAAAAUGAAGAUGAGCUUUCCUUCAAAGCAGGUGAUACAAUAACAGAGCUGGAAUCUGUAGACGAGGACUGGAUGAGUGGAGAGAUACAAGGAAAGUCUGGGAUAUUUCCCAAGAACUUUGUUCAGAUUUUAAAAACACCGUGAAGUGUUGCCUCUCUUUGUACUCCCUGCAUGUGGGAGAGAAUGUUUUCUAUCCUAAAGGCACAGCAAAGACAACAUGUUUUGACUAUCAAUGUUUUGCACUACUUUUUCUAGAGAGUCAUACUAGUAUCUUGAAGUCAAAUAAGAAAAUCUAAGUCUUUUGUGACAGUGUAUGUAGUCAUGCUUCAUGAAUGCUCUGAGAGCAAAUACAAGCAGGAUUUUUAGCAGUUUCCAACUAGGGAAAUACUGUGGUGCAACACCAUUUUAACUUAAAUAGCAUAAGUAAUAAAUAGUAUGUUUACUAUCUGGUAUUACAUUUAUCAUGCACAAAGUCUGCAUAAAGUAAGCUUCUUUGGGCUUCUUUAAAAACUUUUAAAAUCCAAAUUUAAAAAAUUGUUUUUAAGAUAUAAUUACAGCACUCGGCAUGUAGAUCAAGUUUGAUGUUCAGGUUUCAUUACUGCUUGACUUCCACAUUAGGAGUAAAAUCCACGUGUUUUAUGACUUAGAGGAUAAGGAUGAUAACUGAUAUUUUGUAGUAGAAAAAAUAUCAAAUCUAAUACUGGUAAGAGGGAAAACUCCGAAGCAAAUCCUUGUGUAGUAUUCUUCUAUUCUUAGCCCAAGCUGCUCAUACAGGAAGAUCACAAAAGCAAAACUUUAAGUAUUUUGCCUCUUAAAGAAUAAUGUUCAAAUCAGUAUGAAUCAUCUUAGACCUUCUUCCCUUCCCCCCAAAUCCUUUCCAGAUACAGGUUUAGAUUUUUCUACUGCCCACUGUUCAAGCACCAUCGUACCCUUCUUUUCCAGCUGAAGUUAGUUGUGACAGACAGCAUUUACUGAGCUUUCUCAGAUCCCCUCCAUGCAGUAGCUGCACUAUUCCAACUAUUUGCCCCUCCACCCCCUUCAUGUAAGUGGAAAGCCAGUCUUCACUCUGCAUUUCAUUUAUCACUCAAGCACUGGAACAUACUUCAGCAACACUAUUCCUAUCCUUAACAUGAAGGAUAUUAUACAGCCUUGGUUUUAGCUUUCAGCAGACAUGGGAUUAGUUUCCAGUUUGUUACCACAUACCAACUAUACUGAGCAUCAUUAUAAAUGGUCUGUCGAGGCCUUAAGGAAAACACGCCUGGCAAGAGGUUACUUCAAGCAGCUCUAACAAAGGCAUUUAGUAAAAAGCAGCAGUGUGACUUGAAUGACAAACUUAGACAGACAUGAUUGAGGUAGCUUCACAUUAUAGGAACUUCUGGUAGUAAAUUCCUUUUUGCAACCCUUGGCUUCUGACAAAAUAGUUAAAUGCAUCUUGAUUAACCGUUAACUUCAUCAGACUGGAACAGAAAAAGAAUUAUGCUGCAGUUAGCUCUUUCACUGCUGACAGUAUUCCAUCACUUUCGUACUAUAUAACAAAAAGGAACCAGUAAGCUGUUAGCAUGAGUCAUUACUUCAGAGAGAUGCAGGUCACUAGGUAUCAAGAUACCCUUACAAGAUUUUUCUUUGUGGGUCUGAAAAUUCAGGUUGCAAAAGGGCCAACAGUUGAGUGGUAGAUAGAGACUGGAAACUAGAAUCAUCAUGAUUGACCUCGGGAUAGUUUUGGCUUAGUGAUGUGCCUACCUACAACUUUAUCAAUACGAGGUCUAAGUAUUACAGCAACAAAUACCUACUGCUACAAAAGAUCAGGGUGCAUCUAAAUUGGUGUGUGAGCAAGCUGGGGAGGGUAGCCCUCCCCUCCCCAUGCCCUGCACUUUGGUUACCAUCACAGCAGGCAGAAACAAGCUUACAGCCAAAACUGCAACUCCCCUACAACAGGGAAGGGGCAUCCAGUCUCAGUAGCAGACUGGAGCUCACCUGAAGCAAGCCUCAGGAACACGGAGCACAGACAUGAGGCCCUCAGCACCAUUUCGCUCUGCAGUCACUGUUAUGCCAUGGUACUUGCAAAUAUAGACACAGGUGUUAGCCCUCUGGUUUUUUUUUUUUCUCUAGAAGCUUCAUGAAUGUGAAGCAUUGUGCAUUUAAACUGCACCAAUACCAUUUGCACAACUGGGGGAUGAAGAUCACACAAAGUUUUAUGAGCAGAGAACUGGAUUUCUACUUUCAUUAAGAGGAUUAACAUUAUAAAACCAAUUAUAAAUUAUGUGCUAUUCUAGAGAGAUGGAAACAUGAUAAUUUAUACAGCUAUUACUCAGUUUUACCAUCCCCAACAAGUCUAUCCAUAACUCCUGUGUAAUCAAACUUUAACAUAAGUCCACCUCAGAAGACAACCCUUCCCACUCUCCAAGUUCUCCUGCCAGGGGAUUCCAAAGGUCCUUGUUUAUUCUAACAAACAGCCAUCUCCUUCUGGAGAAAUCCAAGGAAACAAAUACAUAGAUAGAUAGCUUUCCUGACUCCUGCAAGCCCACUCAAGACUUUUCAACCAUAAACUUUCAGUGGAUCACCCUGUUAAAACAGGCUUCUUCCAACAUGACCUGUGCCAACGCAAUUCCUGAAUGUCCAGUGAGCACAGCAGGGGGAGAAUAGCAGAACCAAGCAAAGCCCACACCAACAAACAGAAUACCCAGAUCCUCCAAAGACAUACUGCAUCAUUGUGGUGGUGGAUGAGGCUUAAGUGUACGAUGUUUACUUACUGUUUGUCUGGCGCAGUUUUCUAAGAUUUUGAUACAAGUCUCAAAAGUAGAACUGAAUUUUUAUAUUUUUUUUUAUUUCCUCCUCCCCGUUUUUAUAACUGUGUAUUAACCAGUUGUUUUUGUAACUUCCACUGAAUGUUUAAAGUCAGUGCCUGUCAGUAGAUAAGACCACUGCUUUAUUUUAAUCUACUCCUCCCUAUUACGCAGGGUAGGAAGAGCAGCAAAGCCUUACAUUCAGAGCAAGGAGUGCCACCUGAAGGCUGCUUGCAUUACUGCAGGCAGCUAAACCAGCGUAUUUAUUAAAACUGAAACAAGUUAGAUGCUUGGCUUUGACGGCAAGGUAUUUUCUUAAGACUCAAUGCCUCAUAUCACCAUGAAGCUGCAUACAGAUCAUAACAUAAAAUUCCUAAGGUGUACAGUACAUAAUCCGCAAAAAAAACCGAGAAUGGGGUGGAGCACAAAUCCUAACUGCAAUCUAGUAGCAAAUUUCAGCUGUAACCUUGAAAUUCAGCUAGACCCCCAUACGUUAGUAUGAUAAUAAAAGCCUCAUUUAUCGAAACAUUUUCUGUUUGAUCCACCCUCUGGAAAUAUCUUCAGGAAGACGUCUUUGUUGUGUGUACAAUUAACGGUGUCCUAAAUAAAUCUUUGUUAAGUCCAGUAAGUUUUAUUAUGGUACCUCUGUAAAUUAAGAAUGUAUUUAACCAAAUAAAAUUUUUAUAAUUAA